AUGAUAAUUCUGAUUCUAUUACCCAUCGUCUACUUGGGCUUUACAUUAGAACAUUGCUCUAUCAAACAGGAAUAAGUAAAAGCACUAUUUUCAACUUAAGAAACGUUUGAAUGGAACUUAAAAGACUUCUUUUCAGGAUCGUACUUGAAUUACACUUUAUCAACAAAGUAAUCCUACUUUACUUUAAAAAAACCUUUACAUUAAGAAUAUGCACCUAAAUUAUUAAUUGAAGGUAUAUUAAAUAUUUAAUCAAGGGAUAUCAAAGAUCAUUGCUAUUUAAGCAAGAACAGAAUAAAAUUAAAAUGUUUGGUUAAAUCAUUUUGCUUUUAUAGAAAAAAAUUUAAAUUAAUUAUCAAUAUAUUAUUCUGAAGGGUAUUUUUUUCGGAUUAUUAAUUAGAUUAUAAGGAGAUUUUAGACCACCUUAUUUUAAUUAGAAGAUCGUUUUUUCCUUAAAUUAAGAUAUUUAAUGUUUAAAUUUAGAAUAUUUGAAUGAUACUUCAUUCUUAGCUGAUUGCUAUAAUGGAAUGUCAAAUCCAAUUUAGAAUUAUUUCUUUAUUGUUGACAAAUCAGGUGCUGUAAGAAAUGUAAGUAAUAAUAAUUAUGGUGUUUAAAAUAUGAUCACAAAAAGAAUUACAAAAAUAAUUAAUUUUGCUGAUAGUAAGAAAAAUUCAAUAAAAUUACUAUUUAGAUCAACUCCAGCUUAUGCUACUGGAUCAGAUUUAAAAAAGAACUGUAUUAUUGAGAUUUAUAAUGCAUCUUCAUUAUAGUUAAUUGAUACAUUAACUGCAUUCACUAUAGGAACAUUAUUAGAAAUUGAUGAUCCUUUCGAUUAUGAAUUUAAUUUGAUUGAUUUUGAAUUAUUUGCAGAUGGUCGAUUAUACAUAUUAACUGCAUUUGAUGGCAUUAUAAUAUUAUAAAUGGAUUAAUGGCUUGGUUUUACUUUAAUAGAUAGGAUAGAAUUAUUAAGUGAUGCAAGAGAAUUUGAUGUAGGUCAUUUUAUAUCUUCUGAUGGAUCUAUAUAAGAAGUAAUUGGAGUUUUGUUUACUAAUAAGGCUGAAAUUUAUGAAAAUAGAAUUUUUAAAUAUUCAUAUGAUUUAGACUUUACCCCAGUUUAUACUACUUUAUUGAAGAUAUCAUAAGAAUUAUUAAUUAUAUAAAAUAAGGGUAAAACAUAUUUAAUCAAUAUCUAAACUCAAGAUUUAGUUUAUAAGGAAGUACUUGAAGGAAUUUAAGGAUUAUUGAUAAAUUAAUACUUUUAGGAAUUAAUUUAUGUUACAUAAAUUGAUGCUAGAAGAUUUACAUUAUCAAGUGGAAAAAUAAAAUUUUUAUCUGGAGAAUUAACUGCAUCUAAAGCAAUAUUAACUAUUACAGCAAAGGAUUAAUUUAAUGAUUCAUGUUAUGCUACUAUUGUAUAUGGAAUAUAAAAUUCAUCAGAUUCAAAAAUAUAUCCUUUAUCAGAUUUAGAAUUUCCUGAUGUAUAUCAUGAUUAUCCUUUAAUUAGUGAAUUUUAAAUCCCAGUUUCAGGACCAAAUAUUUAAUAUAAUCAUUCCUCUCUAUUCGUUUCUGAUGUUGAAGGCAUAAAUACAAUAAAUUUAAAUAUUAAGUCAGGAGGUAUCAUUAAUGCAGAAUCAAUAUAUUCAAAAAUUCCAUCAGCUAAAUCCUCAUAAUAUAUCAAAUUGAUUAGUUUAGAUGAUGAUGACUCUAGAAUAGCUAUUAUUUUUUAAGAGUCAUCUACUAAAGAUAUAUUAGCUUACAUUUGUUCAACAGAUCAAUAUAAUGAUGGAUAAGUAAAUUUAUAAUGUAUCAAUUAUAUGAAAUUUCCAAUAAGUAUUAAUUUGGAGAAUAGGAUUUUCUAAAGUUAUUUUGAUGAAGAAAAUUUAUAUUUUUUGAUAGUUGAAAAUAAUUAUACUGUUGUAAUGUAUUCGGUUUCAUAAUUAGACAUUUAAUAUUAAUAACAAUUUGUAUAUAAUUCAACUGCAUAAAUAUAAAUAAAAUCUAUUAAUGUUGUUGCAAAUAGAUUAUAUGUUGUUCUUAGUAAUUAAUAAUUGGAUAUCUGGAAUCUAUUAAAUAAAUAAUAAUAUACUAUAACUGAAGCAAAAGUAAGAGCUUUAGGAUUUUAUGGAAGUUGGAAGCUUUAGAAAAUUGUAGGCAAUUCUAGAUAUCAUCCAAGCAUAUUAUUCAUUAUUAAUAACGAUAAUAUAAUUAUUGCAGAUUAUCACAAAGAACUAACAAUUAUUAAGGUAUUAACCUAUAAAGAAUCUACUAUGGAUGUAGCCAUAAGUAAGGAUUCAUUCUUUGUAGUAGUUCAUACAAGUACAAAAACUUAAAUAAUUGAAUAUGAUUUUUCAAAUUAUUGUAAUGUCUUUUAAAUGAAAGAACUUCCUACUUAUAGAUACAAAGUUCAAACUUCUUUGGCAAUUGCAACUAAUCAAGAUUCUGGACUCUUAUACAUAGCAGCAAGUGAUCCAGACAAUGAGGAUUUAUCAGUUAUUUUGGUUUAUAAACCAAGAUAGCCUUUAAGAGAUUCUUUAGUAAAAGUACUAUCACCAAAGAGAUAGACAUUUUCUAUUGUUGAUACUUAAAUAGCUGCUGCUGGAUUUAAAUAGUUUAUCUUUUAUUAGAAUGAUGGAGUAAAUCAUAAUAUGGGGUGGAUUGAUAAGAUUCCCUAAUAUUAGAUUGUACCUACUUAUUAGACAAAUUAAUGGGUAAAUAAAUUCAGAUUAAAUUUAACAAUGUGGAAUCUAAAAUAUAAUCCAAGUAUAACAUUAAGUUAAGCCAUUGUUUUAUAUCAAUCUAAAACUUAAAUUAAAUUUUAGAAUGCUAAUUAAGAUGUUUUUAUUGAAAAGUGGAAAAAAUCUGAAAUUGAUAUAGAUAUGACAGGAACAAUAGUAGAUUAUUUAAUUUAAUGUUAAUAAUGUGGUUAGGGUAAAAAUAUUGAUAUAGUAUAACCAUUAAGAUUAUAUGACUAAGAAGUAGGAGAAAAUUUAAAUGUAGUUGAUUAAUUUGUACUAUAAGGCUAAACAAAUCCAGAUAUUAGAUUAGUUUUAUUAUCUAUAAAUGAUAUUUAAGCAAUUAAAGUUUAUAAUAAGGAUAAUUAAUUUGUUAAAAAUAUCAUUAUAAGUACAAAUCCUAACACUCGUUGUUAAAGAAUAUAAAUGAAUUGGAUUUAUAUUUUAGUUACUUGUGUGGUUGAUAAUUAAUACUAAAUAGCAACUAUUUAGUGUACAAGUAAUUAUACAUGUGGAGAUUAAAUUAAAUUUUCACCCUUGCAAGUAAACAUAAGUUAUAUUCCACAAUUUCAUUUAAACGAUUAUAAUCUAGCUUUUAUUAAUACUUUUCCUAUGAAUGUCAAAAGUAAUGAUACUUAACUAAAUUACUACACAAUAUCUUUUAGUAAUACAACCUAUGUAGCAACUUAUACAUUAAGCAAAUAAAUAAGUUCUGUUUAAUUAUAUAAUGAACACUUUGUUAAAGUCAUGGUACAUAAUCUUUAUAGUUAUGGUUCAUAUUCAUACUUUUUGACUUUGACUGAAGAAGGAAAGUUUAGAAUUUUUAAUAUAGGUUUAGGUUUAGUUAAGACUUUUGUUUUAUCUGAUAUAAUAAUUCAAAAUGGAGGGGAAAUAACUUAUCAAUAAUUCACUGAUUUUACUUUCAUUUCAAAUCCAACCUAUUCAAGUUAUACAGGUACUAUUGAUAUAUUGUUUACUUCUUAAUCUUUGAAUUACAAGUUUUAAUUGGUUUACGAUUCAUACAAUCAAAAUGUUAUAUCAUUUACAUAUAAUUAUGCUUUAAGUAGAUAUUUGCAUGCUUAAGUUUUGCCUGGAUUAUUUAUUGAUCGUUAGCUCUUCUAAGUAGGAAUUCCAUAUAGAUAUAAUAAUAAUAUAGUUAUAUCAAUAUAUUAGCUACCUAAUAAUUCUGUAAGUGAUUAAAGGAUAGUCUAUUCCUAAGGUGGAGUAUCUUAAUACCAUGAUUUCACUAAUCCAAAUAAAGUAGUAGCCUUUUCUCUAUAUAACAAAGUAUUUUAAAUAAAUAUACAAUUUAGGUUCUUAUGGUUGGUUUAAGUUAAAACUAUUUAGAUCAGGAGUUUAUUUUGAAAUAUUAUAAUGUUGAUUUAAGAUAUAUUUUAUAAGUUGAUGAUGUAAAUGGAAAACUUUAUGAUUAAGAAGUUGCUUUAUAGAUGUCAAAUGAUCUAUGUUCAGACUCCCUGUUAUACAAAAUUAAAAUAACUUCAAAUGAAUUUUAAGAUUAAUAGGAUGAUCUAAAUUCAAAUGAAACAAAUAAGAGAAUUCAAUGA